GGUUGCUGUGUGCUGUGGGUGUUUGAGCAAACAACAGACGAGCUGUGCUGCUGCUGCUUGUGUGAUCAUCAUCAUCCUCAUCGUCGUCGUCGUCGUCAUCAUCAUCAUCAGCAUUCGCAGCAACAGCCAUCCAGCUAACACCUCACAUCCAACAGCCACCAACGAUUCAUGCAGCGAGCAGCGAUACAAACAGCAAGCAACGAUAGCAUACAUACAUCCGUCAACAGCACGUUUCCUCACUCGCUAGCAGUGUCACGCGCGGCGUGUUUCCCCUUUUCCAACUCUGCCAUGUUCGUUGUGCCAACAGCACAUGACAAGACGAAGAAGACCCAUCCACAGCAACAGCAGCAGCAACAGCAGCAGCAACAGCAACAGCAACAGGCUUGGAACAGCAUGGAUGUCGCCGAUGACAUCAACAUCUGCCAGCAAAAACAACAGCAGCAGCAAGUACAAGAACCAGCGCAAAGUGCUGCGCUGACAUCCACAGAGACGGCAGCAGCAAAAACAACGUUACCAUUCUUGCCAGCAACCUCAAACACAAAGGCAACAGCAGCACAGGUGGCGGCGGUGACGACGGCGCUGUUGGCGUCCUCCCUCGCAACACCAAAGCCACUGGCAUCCUCGGGAUCGUCCUCCCCAGCCAGAUCAGCAGCGGGUUCAUCUCCAGCCUGCAGCCCACCGGUCUCUGUGCGCUCAUCGUCAUUUGCCCUCACCUCCAGCCCUUCCUCACCGGGCUCCCCGCCGCCGGCCAUCGGCAUGGAGCACUCCCAGCCCCAGCAGCACCAAAUGCAACCCCAGCUUCAGAGCAACCACAAUGCACAGCCAGCCGACAACAGCAGUAACACUGUACUGACGCUUGAAGCGCCCGUAGACUCGCCGUACUCUGGCGCCGCCUUCAACCUUGUCUGCGAUACAGCAGCCAACACCCUCACGUGGGCAUCGCCCAUUUACCACCCUGCUUUUGAGCAAGGCAGCCGCGUGUGCGCAUGCGUGACUGGGUCCACACGUGCCGUCGCUGACGCAGAGGUGCAGCGGCGCAUCCGUGCACUGCUGUCCAACCCGGAUCUGUUUCGGCCGUGCUCCAACUGUCAGCACGUCAACACGACCGCGUACACAGAGGCGCAGGCGGACCCAGAAUUCUUCCGGCGCAAGGCCCGCGCCCACACCCCCGCAGCUGCACCGCCCAGUGACGACGACCUGCGAGCAGUCACUACGCCCAAGAUGACAUCGUUUGAUUUCUCCAUGCUCUUGCGGACUGGCAUCUACAGUGACGUGCGCAUCAAGGCGGGCAGUGCCAAGACGGUGUUCAAGUGCCAUCGAACCAUCCUGGCAGCAGGCAGUCCCGUGUUUGCCGCGCACUUUGCCACGCAGGCCGAUCACGGGGUUGUGACCCUCGAUGUCGCUCCACGAACCUUGGCACACGUGCUCCACUACAUCUACUCGCAGCGCCUGCCACGCAUGGCGUCCAUGGAUGUAUUGGACUGCAUUCACCUCCUCCAGCUCUCCCUCAAACUCCGUGUGCCCGCCCUUGUCAAGUUUACCGUCGCCGCCCUGCGUGCGGCGUGUGUUGGCCAGGAGGGACCGCUUGUUGUGUGCGAGCUGCAGCGGUGUGGGCUCGACAAACUUGUACUGCACAUGCGUUCGAGCGCGGCAGCAAAGGCGACAGCACAAGCUGGCAGUGGCGAUGAGGAAGUCGGUCUUGGCGGUGACGAUCACAUGGGUGGCGCAGAAAACAACAACCAGCAACAAGAACAGCAGCAGCAACAAGAACAGCAGCAGCAGUAUGGAAGCGACGAUGGGCAUGUAGCUGCAACAACAGGGCAGGUGGAUCAGGUAGACACGAGUGAGAUGCAGGAGCAGCAAGGUGGCAGGCGGCAGCAGGAGCAGACCACAGAGACGGGUAUUGAAGUGGGCGGUGGGCACUACGCUGGCCAGCACAACGACCCGCAACAGAUUCAGAAUGACAGAAUGGUAACCGCUACAGAUGACAAUGACGAUCAACAACAACAACAACAACAACAACAACAACAACAACAACAACAACAACAACAACAACAGCGGGUGCCUGUUUCGCGUUACGAGCAGCGAAGGCCCUGCGGAUCGUUCCCUCGCGCCAAUCGCAUGCGCAAGCGACGCCCAAGCCCAUACAGCCUCGGCCUAUGCAUGCACUAG